AUGACAGAGUGGUAGCGCGAGGGUGAAGAUUUCAAAUACGAUAUUUAGAUGCCCUUAAUGCCCUAGCAAGGAUGAUCGAGAUUCCGGUGCAGGGUUGUUAAUGGUGGAGAACAUCAGAGAGAACAAGCGGAGGAAUUUUUCCAGAGAGGACACGCACAGGAUUUUUAGAGAGAGAAUAAUUUUUUUUUUUCCGGGGGAGGACACGUGCAGGAAUUUUGGAGGAGAGCAAGGGACAUCGGAUGGAGAUCGAGUUGCCACUUUAAUCACCAAGAGAGGAUUUUCUCUUUCACUUCACAGUAAGAAAUGGAGAGAGCAAGCAUGGAGGAAGGUCUUCUUGUGGAAGAAAAAACUGCUGAUAAAUAUGGCGGCAUUGGUGGCAGUGACGAUGGUGAUUCCUCCUCUUCCAUCACAGCUGUUGUUGUCAUGACAAUCCCAGUGACUCGGCUUUCUGUGUUUUCCUUUACCCUCUCAGGGAUUAUGCUGUAUGGGUGUGUCAUCGAGGAAGAUGUGGGUGGAGAGUUUAUUAUUGCAUUUACUUAUCGAAGAAAUGGGGUGCUUGUGAGUUGCAAAUAUCGGGAUGUUAACAAGAAUUUUUGGCAGGAAAAGGACACUGAGAAAAUAUUCUAUGGUGUGGAUGAUAUAAAGGAAGCAAGUGAUAUAAUCAUUGUUGAGGGUGAAAUAGACAAACUUUCAAUGGAAGAAGCUGGAUUCUACAAUUGUGUGAGUGUCCCUGAUGGAGCGCCUCCGUCAGUUUCUACAAAAGUGUUCAAAUCUGAGGAAAAGGACAUAAAAUAUCAGUAUCUAUGGAACUGCAAGGAGUACCUGGAGAAGGCAUCUCGCAUUAUACUUGCAACUGAUGGGGAUGAACCUGGUCUUGCCUUAGCUGAAGAACUUGCUCGCCGCCUUGGAAGAGAAAGAUGCUGGCGAGUAAAAUGGCCUAAGAAAACUGAAGUUGAACAUUUCAAAGAUGCGAAUGAGGUGCUUAUGUAUUUAGGACCUGAUGUUCUGAAAAAAGUAAUUGAGAAUGCUGAGAUAUAUCCUAUUCAAGGAUUAUUCAACUUUAGCCAUUACUUUAAUGAGAUUGAUGCAUAUUAUCAUCACACUCUUGGUUUUGAGCUUGGUGUUUCAACUGGAUGGAGGGCUCUGAAUGGAUUAUACAAUGCACCCAAGGUGAAGAGGUAAACGCCUAUGACAUUGAUGUCAUUACCAUCAGAGGCUUGAAUGCGGUCACUAACUUUGAUGUGAGUAGCUAUGAUGUUCACAACAUACUACUGAGCAUUACAUUGACCAUUUUUGUUGCUGCAAAGCGAUUUAAAGAUGCUGAGCAUGUUGAAAUGACUAUAGAUGGACAGAUGACAGUUGAUGAAAUCAGCUCAUAGCUGAUGGCUGGGUUCAUACAGCUUGGAAGGAUGGAAGAACAUAUUAGAUAUGGGGAAGAAGAGAUUGGAGGGGGGUGGGGUACAGAAAAGGAAAAUGGGACAUGCCUUGCAUCAUGCUCUCCAACUAUGAUAUUUUUUUCACUUCAAUGGGAUACAAUUAUAAGCUAUAAUAUCUUUUCACUUCAAUGCAUGUACCCCUAUUAUUGCAACCUUGAAAAGCCUAGAAAAUGGGCAACAAGUUUGAAACCAUGUUUGUAUCCUUGAUUUUGCAAUUCAAAGAAUGAAAAUGAAGCAAUUUUAUGGAGAAUGGUUUUCUCUAGAUUCA